CACAUGCACUAGGGUCUGAGACGUACUUCCGCCUUAGCCGUUAUACUGCUCGGACGCUUCCGGGUUGCUUCUGGUCUGCGUAGCUGAGCGUCCACAAAUGUUUUACUGUUUAAAUCUGUGGUUUAAAUAUGAGUCGACGGAAGAUUUUCAAAACGGAGCAUUUGCAAAGACAAGUCUGCAGUCGUCACUUCGCUACGGAUCAACUAAUAGAGCCAAAAACCCUUGAUGGCCGUAGGAGGUUUGUGAAAGGUGCUGUCCCAACUCUGUUUGAGUGGAAUCACUUCACUGCUCAAACACCGCGGGCUAGUGUUUGGGAGAGAAGGGAGCGGCCCACUGAACCAGUCUCUCGGGAGGAGCAGGAAGAGCACAUCGAUGUCCGUGACCAUGAUUACUGCUCAACCCCUGAACCAGCUUCACUGGACAUGUCCUCUCAAGCUACAGAAGACAACUCCAAAACAUUGGAGGAUCUGCAGAAGCAACUGCAGGAGUUAAGAGUCCAGCGAGAGUUUUGCUUACAGCGGUUUGCUGGCUCCGACGACAACAUCCGAUUCUAUACCAGAUUCCUGAGCUAUAACCACCUGAUGGCCUUCUGGUUUUUGAUUGAGCCUUCCAUUUAUAAAAUGGUUCGUGUUACAAGAGCGAUAUCAGCUGCCAAGAGGAAUGAAGAAGUGGUUACACACGCACGUCCAUCAACUAGACAGCUGCUUCAGCCAAUUGACGAGUUCUUCCUUUUUCUCUGCUUCCUGUCGGUGGGUUUGAAAGAGAGGGACCUUGCAAACCGCUUCAACGUACACCAGUCCACUGUGAGCCGCAUCAUUGCAACAUGGACGAGUUUUCUUACAACUUUAUUGGGGUCACAGUGCAUCUGGCUUACACCUGCAGAAGUUCAAGCCCACCUCCCAGAGGCAUUCAAAGAUUUCCCAGACACACAGGUGAUCCUGGAUUGCACAGAGCUGAGGUGUCAAACACCAUCCUCACUCCUCCUCCAAAGUGAAAUGUAUUCUACAUACAAAUCUCACUGCACCAUGAAAGCCCUGGUUGGCAUAGCCCCACAUGGCGCAGUGACAUUUGUUUCCAGUCUGUAUGGUGGUUCUGUCAGCGACAAGGAGAUUUUCAAACAAUCUGGAAUAGCUGCGUUGUUGACUGAAAACAUGGCAGUGAUGGUAGAUAAGGGCUUCCUAAUCAGCGAUUGCUGCAAAUGCAAAGUGUACUGCCCACCUUUUCUGUCAAAGCAGAAGCAAAUGCCAGCCUAUCAGGUGAGGGAGACACAGGCCAUUGCCAGACUGAGGGUUCAUGUGGAGCGUGUCAUUAGGAGGAUAAAAGAGAACAAACUUUUUGAUGGUGUCAUCCUCCUGUCCCAUGCCUACAUCAACCAACUGUUUGCAGUAGCAUGUAUGCUGUCAAACUAUCAGAACAAAGCACUGGUCAAGAAAUGGGUGAAAUAAGACAAGAUGAUGACACCUGUGCAGGUAGCUGUGAUUAAGCUGGGUGAGCACACCGUAAUCCCGUGUUGCAUGACACACGCUAGUGUUUUGUUUGAAUAAAUGGUAAAUAGCAAAU